AUGAAGCGCCUGAGCCGAGCUCGCAAGCACGCCGAGCGCGCUGCGUACUUGGAAAUCGUGUCGAACGAUCACGCAGCAGCCCUGGCCCAAUACACGCAUGCCGUCAUGCACCUCGAGAGCGCCCUGGAGAUCAUCCUCUGCCGCAUGCGCGCGUGCGCUGCCAAGCUCGGGACGCUAAGUCACUACGUGGCUUCGCCUGAGCGAUGGGAGCGUAUCGCCUUACCACCCUGCCGCACCCUGACCGCAGACAAGCGCUACGUCUGCGAGAUGGACGGCCUGGUCGUUCUGGGCCGCCACUGCGGUCGCUGCGUCGACGUCGGCUUUCCGGACGUGCUGCGGCAGCUCUUGCAGUUCAUGCAGAUCCCGAGCUUCGGCCGCUCCCGGAAGCCCCCUAGCGACAGGCAUAAGUCGUGGAGGACCGUGCUCCUCUCGGGUCCCGCGGCCACCGGCAAGCACAGCCUAGCGAGAGCCCUGAGCAGCGGUAUCCGGGUCUGCUCGGUGUCCUACGUGUACGUGCCGGAGUUGCUGCGCAAGCCGAAGCACAAGCUGGAGCUCACCGUCAGGAGCAUCUUCGACGCCGCCGGAGCUGUGGUGCCGACAGUGGUCAUCCUGGACAGGGUGGACGAGAUAUGCAUGGCGGGAGCAGCGCACGCGUCCAAGGUCUUCUCCGAGUGCAUACAAGAUGUUCUCGACGACCCGCAUGGCGACUCGGCGUCUCGCCGGUACGUGAUUGGCGUCACCAACAGCCCCUGGCUCCUGACCCCUGGCGUGCAGGCGUUGUUCCAGCGGCGAAUCUACGUCCCGCUUCCCGACCACACGUGCCGGGCGACGAUUGCGCAGCAUCUCCUCUCGGGCUCCGACGGUUACGCGGCCUCCCUUUCACUCGGAGACAUCGCGGACGCCACGGAGGGCUUCACGAGCACCGAGCUCACCAUGUGCUUGCGCAGCCCCUUCUGGCAUAUCGACUCGCGCGAGAAGCUCGACGAGCGGUUCGUGGACCUGGUCAGCGUCUCCGGUUUGGGACCCGCUCGCUGCUGCUGCCUCUGUGUCGAAGAGGUAGAGCAGGACGAGGAACUGACACCGCAUGAGUUGCCGGGCGUGUCGGAAGCGGGCCCCGAAUGUCCCAGCGCGACGCCGCUCAUCGCCGUCGACGCUGAACUGCAGAAGGCCAUUGGGGCCAUGACCCGAGUGCUGGCGCAGAACGUGAGGCCUAGACCACCACUCCGAGGGGUGGCGGUGAGGACGUCGUCGAAAUCGUCAGUGCGGAACUGCAUUAUUUGUUGAUAUUUCAAGAUUGUUGGGGACUGGGAUUUUUAGUAUUUAUUCGUUUGAUUCCUUCAACAGCGCUUCCGUGCCGAUGUUUCUUGUAACGCGUUUGAAUUAGUUACUUGUUAUUAGAAAUUUCAAUUUUACGUUUUCCGAUCACCGCCUGCUUAUGCGUGGUGCCAUCGAAUCGCAAUUCCGGGACAUGAACCAUAAAUAAAAGUUUAUUCUUCCGA